GCUCCGACCAAAUUUGUCGAUUCCGACAAAGCUUAGGUCGUUCAUGGCGUGUCGCCAGCUCGCUCGCGCACGCGAGUUUCAUAUACAUCCUCCCCCAGUCCCGUUAAUCCUCCGUCAACGUUCUCCCCCAAAUUGUUCUGAUCAAAUUAGGGUUCAUCGCCUCCCUCGAUCGUUCAAAUCUCUCCUCUUGAAAUUCCCAUUUCACUCUGCAAUUUCAUUGCAUCUUCCUACUUCGCAGCUUGACCCUCCUCCCAUGGAUCUGAGACCCCCACGUCCCAACCCAACCGCGCGACUCCUCCUCCUCCGCUGCCGCCUAUAGCGGCGGCCCCUCGCCGGUCGUCGUCGGCUGCGCCAGUUCCGAUGAAGCGGCCGGCGCGUCCCCUGUACAGCAUUCUUCUCCUCACGCUGCUCGCCGUCACUCUCACCUACCGCACCGUGCUCCGCGGCGGCGGCGGCGUUCUCGGGUCUUUGGAGUGCGAGGCCACGGCCAAAUCGGUGCCGAGGCAAGUGCCGCUGCCGGCCUUCAAUUCCUCCGUGCUUCGGUACGCUGAGAUCGACGUCUCGGAGGAGCGGUUCAAGAACGAGACGGAGCAGCUCCUGGAAGGCGGCCUUGCUAGCCACGGCCGCCACCGGACCUACGGCACUUGGCGGAGGUUCAGCCACCACGACCCCAACGGGAGGACCUUCCAAGGCGCGCGCGAGACGCUCCGCUCGCCGAUGUUCUACCGGUACUGGCUCGAUUUCAGGAGGAAUCUGGGCAAUUGGGCGAGGAACAAUCGGUUUCAGCCCGAUGUGAUGGACGAUCUGAUUCGGCUAGUGAAGCACCCGCUCGAUAGGCACAACGGCCGGCCGGCCUCGGACCGCCGGCAUGCCUCCUGCGCGGUGGUAGGCAACAGCGGGAUUCUAUUGCAGAGCGGUCAUGGCAAGCUGAUCGACAGCCACGAGGCGGUGAUUCGAUUGAACAACGCGAGGAUCCAGGAUUUCGAGCAUGACGUCGGGUCGAAGACCACGAUCUCCUUCGUGAACAGCAACAUCCUGCACUUCUGUGCGCGGCGGGAAGCCUGCUUCUGCCACCCGUACGGCGCGGCCGUCCCGAUAGUGAUGUACAUUUGCCAGCCGGCGCACUUCCUCGACUACACGAUGUGCAACUCGUCCCACAAGGCGCCGCUGGUCGUGACCGACCGGCGGUUCGACUUGCUGUGCACGCGGAUAGCAAAGUACUACUCGCUGCGGCGGUUCGCGGACGAGACGGGGAGGCCGCUGGAGGCUUGGGACGCCGCGCGCGACGCGGCAAACUUCCACUACUCCUCGGGGAUGCAGGCGGUGAUGCUGGCCGUGGGGAUCUGCAACCGGGUCAGCAUAUUCGGGUUCGGGAAAUCGGAGUUGGCGAAGCACCAUUACCACACGAAUCAGAAGGCGGAGCUGGGCUUGCACCAUUACGAGGCGGAGUAUGAUCUGUACCACGACUUGGCGAAGCAUCCUCUGGCGAUCCCGUUCAUUUCAGACAAGUUCAGGUUCCCUCCUGUGGUUAUUUACGAAUGAAAUUGAUUGAUUUUUGUCUUGCCCUUUUAUCUCCUUUUCGGAUCUUGGGGUCGAUUUUGUCUCCCCACUUCGAUUCUUCACACGAUUGUAAUAGUUGCCCCUGUGACAACUGUAAUUGUCCACGGGAAAAUUCUACAGUCACGCCGUUUGAUUC